CUGCUGGCGUGCCAGACCCCGACAUAGACCCACUACUGCACGGAAUCGAUCAAACGCUGACUUUUGGCAUGGCACCCACCUGGCAGCGAGCCGAAACCAAUGCAACGCGAAUUAAAGCAGGUCAGCAAACUGGCAGCGAACCAACCAACGACUGAAGGAAUUUCCUCGUUUGUUAGAGUCGAAACAGCGUCAGCAUGAGCGCCAACAAAAUCUUCCUGCGCUACUAUCCGCCAGGUCUGGCCAUUAAUUACCGCACGGCAAAGGGCAGCGAGCGAGUGCGACACUUUGAUCUGCUUGACCUAGAUUCCAAGACAAACAUUGAGCCGCUGGCUGACAAGAUCCUGCUACAGACACUGGCUGAGGCGGCAGAAGAGCCAUCGGAGGAGGACGAGGACAAGUCUUUGCCCUGUGUGCCCGCUAGUGGCAGCGUGACCAGUUCCCAAAACACAUUCAGUGCCCUGAAGCAGGCUCUGGGCAAGCUGCAGCGAAAGCUGCGGGAGCCCGUCAAGAAGAAGUUCUAUCUGCACAAGUGCCACACCUCGCACAUCCUGCCGCUGACCAAUGUGUGCUUCGACCGCAGCGGAGAACGGUGCCUCACCGGCAGCUACGAUCGCACCUGCCACGUGAUCAACACCCAAACGGCAGAAGUGGAGCACAUCCUCACCGGACACGACAAUGUGGUCUUCUCCGUUGGCUUCAACACACCGCGAUGGUGGGUAUAGCUCCCACGAUGACUGCCCGAUCUCCGUUCUGCAUUUUCAAUCCCAUAUUCCAGCGACAAGAUAGUGACGGGCUCCUUUGAUUGCACCGCCAAAGUCUGGUCCGCCAGCAGCGGGCAGUGCCAUUGCACCUUGUUUGGCCACACCGCGGAGCUGGUGGCGACCGAAUUCCAUCCGCUGCAUGGCCAGGCCAUUGCCACAGCCUCCAUGGAUGGCACGGCACGCAUCUAUGAUGUGGAAACGGCCCACGAGCUGCAGCAGCUGACCCACCAUGGAGCCGAGGUUAUUGCCGCUCGCUACAAUCGCGAUGGGCAGAUGCUGCUGACGGGCUCCUUUGACCACACGGCCGCCAUCUGGGAUACACGCACCAAGAAAUGCUGCCAUCAACUGCGGGGCCACAGCGCCGAGCUCUCGAGCUGCGUGUGGAACUUCAGUGGAUCGCUGAUUGCCACGGGCUCCCUGGAUCACACGGCUCGGCUUUGGGAUGUUCGGCGGUUGGAUCAGGAGCUGCAUCUGGUCUCCAAGCACAGCGACGAGGUGCUGGACGUGGCCUUCGAUGCGGCGGGCAGACUGCUGGCCACCUGCAGCAGCGACUGCACGGCGCGGGUCUGGGCCCUGGACGAGGCCUCUGAGCAGCUGGAGAUGCUGUCGCUGAUGGCGGGCCACAGUGACGAGGUGUCCAAGGUGUGCUUCAGCCCCAGCGGUUGCAUGCUGCUCACCGCCUCGGCGGACAACACGGCCCGUCUGUGGCUGACAGAGUCGGGACACUGCUCGCAGGUGCUGGCCGGGCACGAGGCCGAGGUCUUCAGCAGUGCCUACAGCUAUGCGGGCGAUGCGAUCCUCACGGCCUCCAAAGACAACACCUGCCGCUUCUGGAGAUGAUACGACUGGUACACGGUGCAGCUAAACGAAGAGUAGCUGCCCCCAAAUGGGAAUGGCAAUAAAUCCGGAAAGAUCGGCGUGGGGUGUUUUCUUGUAUCAACAUUUACUACAAACUCGAGCGUAAUUUUGCUUUUCUCUCUCAAGGUUUCAUCAUCAACUUUGCUUAUAAAUUAAUAGUUCUUAGCUUUCAUUCUCGUUUCUUUCAGAUCGGACAUUAUUGUGGAUUCUCUUUGCAUUUUUUUUUUUGUUUGUAAAUUUUCUUAAUCGCUUUCUUUCUUUCGUUCUUUUGU